AUGAUGACUAUUAUCGCCACAUUUGUCUUAAUCUGCGCUGGAAUCACUGGCAUCCACAGUGUAAUUACAGUCAGUCAUGUUGCCAUGGAAGCUGGACGCACUGUGCUGAUCCCAUGUCACUAUGAGGCCGAUUACAGAGACCAUGUGAAAUACCUUUGUCGGGGAGAUUCGGGCGAUUACUGGUGCAUCAUAGAGAUCAAUCAUGGGGUAGACAUUGGAAAUAAAUUUAAGUUGACAGUCACAGCAGAAGCUGAACCAAAGCUGUCUGUGGACUCUCAGUGGAUUUCAGGAUACUAUAACGGCCAAGUAACCGUUGAUUUUAAAUGUGAAGGCUCUGGGAGAAAACAGUGGUGCCGAGUUGGUGGGACCUGUUUAAGUGGGAAUGGAAUAAUGAAAGGGGCACAAGUAUCUAUGGAAAAUAACGACAAGAGGUUUUCUGUCACUAUGUCUGGGCUGAAUGCUGAAAACAUUGGCUGGUACUGGUUUUCUCUGGAUGACCUGCAAAUGCCUGUGUUUUUACAAUUGACUGAAAGGCCAACAACGACCACAAUUGCAACUACUACAACAGAAUCAACGACUGCUUUUGAGUCACAAACGCUUGGAACCCCCAGGCCAGUCUGUGUCACAUCAAGUUUAAAAUCAGCUCUCAUCGCUCUGGGUUUGCUGGUAGUUAUUGUAAUAGUGUCAUUGUUCGCCUGGUUCACACUGAAAAUAAAUUUGAAGAAGACUGAAGCAGAAUCGUCUCCAGAGUGUUCAGACAACCCUGUGUAUAGCAAUGUCACAAAAACGCCAACAUCAAACCAGAAUUAUUGCAGUCCCAAAGAUAAUGACGUUUUGUAUAGUAGUGUGACGUUUAUAAAUAAUCAAGCUUCAAAGAAGGCUGCAAUACAAGAAGAGGAUGUUGUGUACAGUAUAUUGGGUCAUCAACAAUGA